AUGAUGACCAUGACUACGAUGGCUGACGGGCUGGAAGCGCAGGACUCGUCCAAAUCCGCCUUCAUGGAGUUCGGGCAGCAGCAGCAGCAGCAGCAGCAGCAGCAGCAGCCGCCGCCGGCGCCGGCGCCUCAGCAGCCUCCUCAGCCGCCGCCGCCGCCGCCGCCGCCUCCAGUGGCACAGGCGCCCGGCGGCGGCUCCUCACACUCGGCGCAGCAGCAGCAGCAGCAGCAGCAGCAGCAGCAGAACUCGCCGGCGGCGGCCAUGGCGGGCGCCCACUACCCGCUCCACUGCCUGCACUCGGCGGCGCCCGCCUCGCACUCGCACCCGCACCACCAGCACCCGCACCACCACCACCACCACCACCACCACCGCCGCGCCCUACCCGGCCGGCCCGCCGGCGCCAACUCCUACAGCCACCGCUCGCUCGCCGCCGCCGCCGCCGCCGCCGCCUACCCCUACGUGAGCCACUCGCAGCACAGCCCCUACCUCCAGUCCUACCACGGCGGCGGCGCGGGCGGCGGCGGCGGCGGCGGCGGCGGCGCGGGCAGCCAGACGCGGCCGGACGACGCAGAUAGAUCAAAAACCACAGUCAUCGAAAAUGGGGAGAUCAGAUUUAAUGGGAAAGGGAAGAAGAUUCGGAAGCCUCGAACCAUUUACUCGAGUCUCCAGCUACGCUUAAACCAUCGCUUCCAGCACCAGUACCUGGCGCUUCCGGAGAGAGCAGAGCUGGCGGCCUCGCUAGGACUACUCAGGACACAGGUGAAGAUCUGGUUCCAGAACAAGCGCUCCAAGUUCAAGAAGCUGCUCAAGCAAGGCAGCAACCCCCACGAGAGCGACCCCCUGCCGCAAUGCAGCUCUGUCCCACGGUCUCCGGGCCUGCCUCCUGUCUGGGACGUUUCAGCCUCUGCUAAAGGAGUCAACAUGCCUCCCAACAGCUACAUGGCUGGUUAUUCUCACUGGUACUCUUCUCCACAUCAAGACACAAUGCAGAGACCACAAAUGAUGUGAACGGGCCAAGAGAAACAGCUAACUGGAGAAGCCGCGUCUCCAGCAGGGCUUCGCCAAGGAGGCCAGCUCGCGGGGCUCCGGGGUGGAUGUGGAGGUGUGGCAAGCGAGACGGACUGGGGCGGGCCUGGCCUUUCCCUUUCCUUUAACCUCAGCGAUUGAUCUCGAGCAGAAAAGAGGCCAUUUGCGUGGUGGCCCACGUCAGAUGCUCCUCUUUGGGAUGUUUCCAUUGGGACUCGGAGGCACCAAACCUCUCUGGGAGUACAAGUCAAAGCAAAGCA